UUCGGUCGUCGUCUUUUUAAACCAGAAGAGGAAGACAGGUCAACACGGAUGUAACAAGAAGUGUGUAUUAAUGUGGAACUGACGGUGAAAAUGAGUGCAAACACUAAGAUAGUUAUAAUAGGAUGUGGGAUAUCAGGUAUAUCAGCGGCACAGAGGCUUGUUAACGCCGGAUUUCAUCAUAUCCGGAUACUUGAAGCGACUGAAAGAAGCGGAGGAAGGAUAAAAACGGGGAGAUUUGGUAAUAGUAUUGUUGAGAUAGGGGCUAACUGGAUCCAUGGACCAUGUGAGGAGAACCCAGUGUUUUGUCUGGCCCGUCGCUACGGGCUCCUGGAUCCAGAGGCCCUCACCCCAGAGAACCAGGCCAUGGACGUCGGAGGGCAUCCCCCCUGGGUUCCCAACGUCUUCAGCAGUUCAGGUCAGAAGCUGAAUGCUGAGGACCUCUAUCCUGCCCUCAAGAUGUUUUCUGAGUUGCUGUAUGAAAGUUCAGAAUUUCAGAGUCAAGGAGGAGAGCCCUGGGCCAGUGUGGGAGAUUUCAUACGGGCAGAGGUGCCACAGCGAGCAGCAGAGAAGUGGAAAGACACUGAUGCAAAGGCCAGAUCUCUGCAACUGUGUGUGAUCAGCAGCAUGUUGAAGGUGGAGUGCUGUGUUAAUGGGACUCACAGCAUGGAUGAAGUGGGUCUGGGGGCCUAUGGCCUUUAUAAGACUCUGCCUGGACUGGACUGUACAUUCCCAGGUGGCUACGAAGGUCUAAUCAAAAACCUGAUGUCAGAGCUCCCCAGUGGUAUAGUGACCUACAAUCGGCCUGUGCGCUGUGUCCACUGGAACAACUCGGAGAAGAGAGAAAACCCUGUGACGGUUGAGUGUGAUGACGGGGAGAGGAUUGAUGCUGAUCAUGUUAUUGUCACAGUACCUCUAGGAUACCUGAAGAAACACCAUUCAACUCUGUUCCAUCCUCCUCUCCCUCUACACAAGCUGCACUCUGUCCAGAGACUGGGUUUUGGAACAAACAAUAAAAUAUAUGUGGAGUUUGAUUCACCAUGGUGGGAUGCUGACUGCGAGGUCAUCUACUUUGUGUGGGAAGAUGAGGAAGACAUGGUGGACCAGGUGCCAGAUAUACAGAGAUCCUGGAUAAAGAAGCUGUUUGGCUUUACUGUGCUCAAACCCACUGAAAGGUAUGGCCAUGUUCUGUGUGGCUGGAUCGCUGGGCAUGAGUCAGAGUAUAUGGAGACGCUGUCUGAACAGGAGGUCUCGCAUGCCAUCACACAGCUUAUUCGGAGGUUUACAGGGAACCCUAUCGUCACCCCGCGGAGAGUUUUACGCUCUCAGUGGUUUCAUGACCCCUGGACCCGGGGAUCCUACAGCUACCCUGGAAAAGGCUGUUCAGUACAGGACCUGGAGAACAUGAUGGAGCCCCUACCUGUGAAGGCAUCACAGUCACAACCCCUGCAGGUGCUGUUUGCUGGAGAGGCUACUCAUCCCCACUACUACUCCACCGUUCAUGGAGCUGUCCUCAGUGGGUGGAGAGAAGCUGAUCGGCUCAUCUCUCACUACUCCUCCGUUCAUCCAUCUGAGCCGCCCAAGUCAAAGCUUUAACAGAGCAAUGCAGCUUUGACAAAACGACAUGUAUGAGAUUCAUAUCUAAAAUCUACAACUGCUUCAAACAAUGAUCUCAGAGUUGAUCUGAACAGUUCUGUUGCAGCUGCUGUUGAUUUAAAUCAGUCACUUAAAAAAUUGAAAGUUUGAAAAUUUGAAGUACUGCUGACCAUAUGCUGUGGAUUUCACUGCAUACAUUAAAAUGUAUGUAAUAUAAAUGGACUUGGCUAGUACUGACAGACAGUCCACACAAGUGAUCAAUACAGUAAUUACAUUUUCAUUAAAUGCAUUAAGGAUAUAGCUUUAUAUAUUUACUGCAAGAAAGGCCUCUUUCUUGUAAACAAAUCAGUGUACUGAUUGUAUGUAAUUAUCAGAUUUUCUUAAUAAAGUAUUUUAACUACUA